CUUACUUUAUAUAAUUACUUGCCAUUCAAACCAUAGACUCCUCAUACUGGCCAUUAUAUGAUUCUUGCAUGCUCCAUAGGGGGCUGGUGCAGAAUAUAUUCCUAGAGCCGCUAUCUGUCCGCAGCCCCCUUUCCGUCCUUAUAGUGAACUUUUGCAAUAUUAAUAACAUAUUUAUGACUCCGUAAAAACCUGUUACUCUGAUGCUCUCAUGCCCCAUAAGUAAAAAGUCUAUAGGAGUAGGCAUAAAGCAUAACCGGCCGCUUCAAGGCGGUCGAUUAGUUGUGCAUCACAACAUGGGAUGUGGGACUUCAGUUCACGCUGCUGCUUCGAAGUCUUCUGCGACACCUCUGGGCAAUGGUCCAAUCAACUUUGGCAGCAGCAAUGGAACAUCGGCAGAACCAACCCCACGUGUCAGUAUAUCCCAAGAGAAGAAAGAAGCCAGCGUGAAGCGGCCGGAGCCGCCAAGGGCGGCACCGUCGCCUACAACACCAGGACCGCCAGCGUUGAUGUCCCCUUCUAAAUCGGGUCGCUCGUUGGCCUUUGAUGACCGAUCUGUCAGGAAGUUGCAAUCACCUUUGGGAAAGACGUCCUCCAUCUUCAAUUCGGUUAUGUCAGUGGAGGAGCAGACCAUUAACGCCGUCAAAGCGAAGCUUCAACGCGAGUGGGCACCCGAGUACGAGCCGGAGGAGAUCAGGCCGCCGCAGGAGACGCCGGAUGUGCACUCGGAGCGUGCCACCAACGUGACAUUGGCCAUGAUCCUGAAGGACCAGGCGGAGCUGGCCCGUAAGACGAAGAUUAUUUGCACGGCAGGUCCUGCGUGCUGGUCAGAGGCGGGUCUGGCGAAGCUGCUGGACGCGGGCUGUAACGUCCUUCGCUUUAACUUCAGCCAUGGGGACCACGAGGGUCAUUACGCAGUGCUGGAGCGGUUCCGAAAGGUGUGUGCAGCUAAAGGCAGCUAUGCGGCUUGCCUGCUGGACACCAAGGGUCCGGAGAUCCGCACAGCGAUGCUGCGAGGCGGCAAGGACAUCAUGCUGGAGGCGGGGCAGAGCAUUAUUGUGGAGGCGGUGGGUGCAGAGUACACGUCGUGGGAGGGCUACAAGGACCCGACAACUGGGGAGACCCACAUCGGUUUGUCGUACGAGAAGCUCUGUUCCAGCGUCAAGCCGGGCAACAAGAUCCUGAUUGCGGACGGCAGCAUCAGCAUCCGCGUUGAUGAAAUCCAGUCAGCGCGUGUCCUGCGCGGCACGGUGCUCAACAGCAAGAAGCUGGGCCAGCGGAAGAACUGCAACCUGCCGGGUAUCAAGGUGGACAUCCCGGUGUUGACGGAGAAGGACAUUGUGGACUUGCAGCACUUCGCAGCGAAGCACAAGAUGGAUUUUGUGGCAGCGUCCUUUGUGCAGAGCGCAGCCGACGUGCGCUUCAUCCGCCGCACCUUGGAUGCCGCUCCGGGAGGGCAGUACGUUCGGAUCAUCUCGAAGAUCGAGAACCUUGAGGGGUUGAACAACUACGACGAGAUCCUGCGGGAGAGCGAUGGCAUCAUGGUUGCGCGUGGCGACCUGGGCAUGGAAAUUCCGUCCGAGAAGGUGCCUGUGGCCCAGAAGAUGAUGAUUACCAAGGCCAACAUUGCCGGCAAAUUCGUCAUCUGCGCCACCCAAAUGCUCGAGUCCAUGGUAAACAACCCGCGCCCCACCCGCGCUGAGAUGACGGACGUUGCCAACGCCGUGUACGACGGUGUUGAUUGCGUCAUGCUGUCAGGUGAGAGCGCCAACGGAGAUUUCCCGGAUACCGCUGUCUCGACCAUGGCUGCCAUCGUCGCUAACGCCGAGGUCGGAGUGGACUACUACUCGCAGUACAGCUUCAUCCGGUACUGGGCCACUAAGGGCAACGAGAAGGCCAUGGAGCCGGACGAGUGCAUGCUGUCAUCCGCUGCCUCCAUGGCUGUGGGCUUUACGGAGGACACCACACCCGAGGCAUUCAAGCGCGUUACCCGCCACCAAGUGGUGACGCUGAUUGUGGUGCUGACAGAGAGCGGGCGCGCAGCCAAUCUGGUGUCCAAGUAUCGACCUCCAUGCCUGGUGGUUGUGGCCAGCAGCAAUCCGCAGGUGCUGCGCCAGGCCAGCGUCAGCUUCGGCCAGGUGCCGCUGCAGCUGGACUCCCUUGAGCUGGACUCGCAGGACCUCGCGGAGAAGGCGCUGGACAAGGUCCGCAACCUGGGCCUCAUUGCCGCCAACACGCACGAUUACCGCCUCAUUGUGGCGCGUGGGCGGCAAUCGGGCAGCGCUGACACAAACCCCAUCGUCUCGGUGGUAAACUCCGGCGGCUCGGGCCUCAAGCGCCGCGGCUGGAGCACCGGCAACACGCUGUACGCGCCGUCGGGUGUACCCAUCCAGCGCCCCGGCGUGCGCAGCCUACGCAGCACGCGGACGAACCUGCCACUCAUUACAGCGCCCAUCCAGAACGGGCGGUCCACGAAGGUGGUGUGCACCAUGGGGCCUGCAUGCUGGUCGGAGGAGACCAUGGGCAAGCUGCUGGACGCGGGCAUGGACAUUGUGCGGAUGAACUUUAGCCACGGGGACCAUGAGGGACACUUUGAGGUGCUGGAGCGCUUCCGCAAGGUAUGUCAGAAGAAGCGCGAGGAGUACCAGGCCAAAGGCGUGACCGUGAUGCCGCACUGGGCCUGCCUGCUGGACACCAAGGGCCCGGAGAUCCGUACCGCCAUGCUGAAAGGCGGAAAGGACAUCGAGCUGGAGGCAGGGCAGAGCAUCCUAAUUGAGGCAGUGGGCGCGGCGUACACCAAGUGGGAGGGCUACAAGGACGAGGACACGGGCGACACGAAGAUUGGCCUGUCGUACGAGAAGCUCUGUUCCAGCGUGCAGCCGGGCAACAAGAUUCUGCUGGCUGAUGGCAGCAUCACCAUCGUUGUUGACGAGAUCCUCAGCUCCAAGCUCCUGCGCGGCACGGUGCUCAACAGCAAGCAGCUGGGCCAGCGGAAGAACUGCAACCUGCCGGGUGUCAAGGUGGAAAUCCCGGUGCUGACGGAGAAGGACAUUGAUGACCUGAAGAACUUUGCGGCGCUGUACGAGAUGGAUUACGUGGCGGCGUCGUUUGUACAGAGCGCCGCUGAUGUGCAGUUCAUCCGCAGCGUGCUGGACGAAGCUGGCGGCACGCGUGUGAAGAUUAUUUCCAAGAUCGAGAACGCGGAGGGCCUGGUCAACUACGACGAGAUUCUGCGGGAGAGCGAUGGCAUCAUGGUAGCGCGUGGCGACCUUGGCAUGGAAAUUCCAGCUGAGAAGGUGCCCCUGGCCCAAAAGAUGAUGAUCACCAAGGCCAACAUUGCCGGCAAGUUUGUCAUCACUGCGACUCAGAUGCUGGAGUCCAUGGUCAACAACCCGCGCCCCACCCGCGCUGAGAUGACGGACGUGGCCAAUGCCGUGCUCGACGGGACGGAUUGCGUCAUGCUUUCCGGCGAGACGGCCAACGGCCAGUUCCCAGAGGCGGCGGUGGCCACGAUGGCUGCCAUCUGCGUCAACGCAGAGCAGAUGAUUGAGGUCAACAAGCGCUACAACUUCCUGCGCAACCACACUCCCAAGCCCAUGACGGGCGCCGAGGCGGUGUGCAGCGGCGCCGCCAUGACGGCCAUUGACACGGACGCCAAGCUCAUCAUCUGCAUCACGACAUCGGGUCGCGCGCCAACCCUCGUAUCGAAGUACCGCCCGCCUGCACCCGUUGUGGUGGUGACACCUGACGUGCAGCUCGUCCGGCACUGCAGGUCCGUGUUCGGGCAGGUAGGUGUGCUAGUGAGGGACGUGGAGAGCAUCGGCCUGCUGGACCUGGUGGAGACGGCGGUGCGUGCGGUCAAGUCCAUGGGGCUGGCUACCGUGGUCGACGGCGACCAGCUGGUCGUGCUGCAGAGGCGCAAGGCUACAUCGGAGACGCAGAUCUACGAUGACCAGCGUCUGGUGGCGCGUGUCAUGGUGUACGGCAAGGCGACAGGCACCGAGUACCUGCAACACACCAGCUACCCCGGGGACCAGGUUGUGUUCCACAGGUCGACCAAGGUCGGUCUGGACACGAUCCUGGACCAGGAGAAAUGGAAGUUCAUUGUGCGCAAGACCAAGAUCAUUUGCACGGCAGGGCCUGCAUGCUGGUCGGAAGAGGGGCUCUCAAAGCUCUUGGACGCGGGCUGCAACGUCCUGCGGCUUAACUUCAGCCACGGCGAUCACAAGAGCCACCUGGAGGUGCUGAAGCGCUUCCGCAGGAUCUGCGACGAGAAGGACGUGCACGGCGCCCUCAUGCUGGACACCAAGGGCCCGGAGAUCCGCACCGCCAUGCUGAAAGACGGAAAGGACAUCGAGCUGCAGGCGGGGCAGCAGGUUACCAUCCACGCGGUAGGCGACGCGUACACGAGUUGGGAGGGCUACAAGGACGAGUUCACGGGCGAGACCCACAUUGGUUUGUCGUACGACAAGCUCUGUUCCAGUGUCAAGCCGGGCAACAAGAUCCUGAUCGCGGACGGCAGCAUCAGCAUCACCGUGGACGAGGUCCUGGAUGACAAGCGGCUGGUGGGCACCGUGCUGAACACCAAGAAGUUGGGCCAGCGCAAGAACUGCAACCUGCCGGGCGUGAAGGUGGACAUUCCGGUGCUGACGGAGAAGGACAAGGACGACAUCCAGAACUUCUGCGUCAAGUACAAGAUGGACUUUGUGGCGGCGUCCUUUGUGCAGAGCCAGCAGGACGUCCUGUUUAUUCGCAGUGUUCUGGACGAGGCGGGCGGGACAGAUGUCAAGAUCAUCUCCAAGAUCGAGAACGCGGAGGGCCUGCGCAACUACGACCAGAUCCUGGAGGUCACAGACGGCGUCAUGGUGGCACGCGGCGACCUGGGCAUGGAAAUCCCCGUCGAGAAGGUGCCUCUGGCCCAGAAGAUGAUCAUCACCAAGGCCAACAUCGCCGGCAAGUUCGUUAUCUGCGCCACGCAGAUGAUGGAGUCCAUGAUCACCAACCCAGUGCCCACACGCGCUGAGAUGACGGAUGUCGCCAACGCUGUGUGGGACGGAGUGGACGCGGUGAUGUUGUCAGGCGAAAGCGCCAACGGCCUGUAUCCCGCCCAGGCGGUUGCCACCAUGGCACGUAUUGCGCGGUCGGCCGAGAUUGGUGUCAACUUCUACCAGUCCUUUGACUACACGCGCAAGUUCACACCCAAGCCGGUUGGGCCCAUCGAGGCCAUCUGCUCCACGCUAGCAAAGAACGCUGUGGACAUCCGGCCGGGUAUGAUAGUGGUGUUCUCGGAGGGUGGCAAGGUGGCUCGCUUGCUGGCCAAGUACCGCCCCUGCGCGCCUGUGCUGGUGGUCACCAGCAACGUCAGCCUGGCACGGUACUGCUCCGCGCUGUUCGGCUGCCACCCCAAGCUCCUGCCGGCACCCAUCAAGGACGUGAUGGCGAUGUCGGAGGCGGUUUCGGAUGCGCUGAAGUACGGCGUGGAGCAAGGGCUUUGCGUGGCGGGCAAGGAGGUAAUCGUGCUGGUUAGCAACAUGGUGGCUCGGGGCGGCACACAGGAGACCAUCCCCACCCGUGAGGCCUUCGUCACCAUCGCGCCCGGGGCGCUCAACAUGGACGCGCUGGGCUCGCUGGCCUACAGCAGUUCCGCGCUGGACCCCAAGUUCGUGGCCAAGACGGUGUCACUGCGGUCAACCACCAUCGACCUUCCAAUGCUGGUCAGCAGCAGCAUCCCGGUGCGGAAGACCAAGCUGGGCUUUACCAUCGGCCCCGCGUGCAACGACGAGGAGGUGCUACGCGAGUUGGUAUGCGGAGGUGCAAACAUCGUUCGCUUCAACUUCGCGCACGGGACGCUGCAGGGCCACCAGGACAUGUACCAUAAGCUCAAAAAGGUGUGCGGCGCUGAGAAGCGCACGGUGGCAGUGCUGCUGGACUUGGAGGGCAACGUCAUUCGCACCAGCAACUUGAUUGACCGCGAGACCAAGAAGCCGAUCGACAUGAUCGAGCUGCAGACUGGGGACACCGUGGAGCUGUACGGGACGGACGACGUGACGCCCUCAAACUUCGUGGGCUACAAGUCACUGGACAAGGUGCGCAUUGGCGUGUCUCUGGGCGACCUGGCAGAGUGCGUCAAGGUGGGCGGCCUCAUCCGCAUCCAGGACGGGCUCAUCAACAUCGAGGUCACAUCCGUGCGGCCUGGCGGACCCGUCUACGGCCGCGUGCUCAAUCAUGCGUUCCUGUACCCUCGCAAGCCGGUGCACCUGGUGGGCGUGACCAUCCACGCGCCAGUGCCCGCUGCCGGGGACCUGGAGGCGCUUUCCGAGUUUGCGUUGACCAACCAGGUGGAGUAUGUUGCGAUGGGCGUCAACGGUCGCAACGACCUGUCGGCGGUGCGCGGCUUCCUGGACGACAACGGCGGCGAGACCAUUAAGCUGGUUGCAAAGAUCGAAAGCGAGGACGGGCUGCGAAACCUUGAUGAGAUCAUGGAGCUGGCGGAUGCGGUCAUGUUGGCGCGUGGCAAGCUGGGCAUGGUGGUGACGCCGGAGAAGGUGGCGUUGGCGCAGAGCGUGGUCAUCACCAAGGCCAACGUGGCAGGCAAGCCCGUCAUCAUCUCCCGACAGAUGCUCCAGUCCAUGUUCAGCAAUCCCCGCCCGACUCGCGCCGAGAUGACGGACGUGGCGAAUGCUGUGCUGGAUGGCGCAAGCUGCCUUAUGCUGUGCUCCGAAACCGCUUCGGGCGCCUUCCCCACCGACUCGUUCCUCACCGCCGCCAGCAUUGUGCGCAACGCUGAGUACGCCACCAGCUACGCUUCCAUGCACUCAUUCAUUAGGGACUUCUCCGCGAAGCCCUUCAGCACCAUUGAGGCGGCUGCGGUGGCGCUGGCCAAGGCGUGCAUGGACGCCAAGCUUGGGUUGUGCGUAGUGGUGUCGGACAGCGGCGAGGCGGCCAACUUGGUCACCAAGUACCGCCCACCCGUGCCGCUGGUGGUGGUGUCCAGCCAGCCAGCCGUGGUGGCGCAGCGGGAGAUGUUCUUCGGCCAGGUGGGCUACUAUGCGCCGGAGGAGGUGGUGCACGGCGACCUCGCUAACGUGCGCACGCUGGUGGCAGGCGUGGCGGCCUUCACGCAGUCCAAGGGGCUGUGCGGCGGUGGCAGCACACUGCGAGUGGCAGUCAUGACAGGCAGUGCCACCAUGGAUGUGUCCAAGGCCGCCAUCGUACAAAUCAUGGACGUCUGAGGACUGUGAAAGGCUGUUAGGUCAGCCACAAUCAUUGACGGACGUCCAUGACCAUAAAAAGCUUAUCGGAGCGGGAGUAACUGUGUGCCUAGGUUGUAUAUUGUACUACCUGGCACGCAUGCGUGUGCGGGCGCCGUCACUACUUUACGGCGUCUUCCUGAGAGGGCCUCAAUAAGUAAUUUGCGACCUCUUAUCUAUCUGUGAUCCAAGUGUGUGCGCCCGUAAAUUCGGCUUUCGACGAGCUGAGGCAGCCUGUGUCAUGUGCACGCAUGUUGCCAUGCAUGGCCCCUAGUCCUCUGUUCAGUGUGUUAUUGCUGUUUGUAGUACUGUCCUGUGACCACCGGAGCUGUGCGAUUGAAGGGGUGUUUGGGGGCCUAGUCUUACUUAGGGCAGACGAGAUUGGUAGCGAAUAUGGUUGCGCGGUUGGACGAGAGCUUUACCAUGGGCUGAAAAGCCUUGGGGCUGGGUCUGGGUGCGGCGUGCGUCGUCAGGUUGCGAGCCAGCGCUGCUCGCCGUACGGUGUGGCUGACCGUUAGGCCGUAGCAGUUACACGAAUAGACACUUGUUACAGGCGAACCGAGGGCGGUCGUCUAAGGAUAUUACUUAUUAUUAGGAAAUAUUAGCGGCGCUCUGCUUUGUGUCCGUGAUCCCCUUGUGCCUUGUUGUCCGUCCUCGGCCUAAGCAGCGGCGGAUUGCUGCUCGGAAGCUGUGAUUCUACCAAAAGCUGUUUGUUCGUAUGUAUGUUCGUAUCUGUUGUGGUCAUAUGUUUGCGGAAUAUGCAUUGGCCUUGUUGGGCCCUCCGCCUACUAAGUACUUCACAGCUUGUGAGGGCGUUGCGCAUGACGCGUUUGUCUCAGGCACCAGGUGGCGUGGUGCGCCUCCUUUUCGCAGGUGAAGAGUUUACGGGUGGUCGGCAGGGUUGCAUGGGUCGCAGGCUUGGAGCUCUGGAUGCGGGGCGGGAACUGGCUAUGAUCGAAGGGUUACAUGUUUCGCCUGGGUGCCUGCGGGGGCAACUUCGCUGGCGGGUAACGGCAGGUUAGUAGUUGUUUACAUGCUGGGACGGACGCCGCAUGCAUGUGUGCGUACAUAUAAGCGAUUGAUGGCGACCGUCGGCAUGGUUAUGUCGGUGAUAGCUGGGGCAGGUAUUAAUAUAUAUGCGCGGAAAGCUUGCUGUACCAGUUAUUGCUGGUUGCCUCGCGACCAAUCUUUAAAGAGGCUUACCGGGUAGCACAAGGACGUUUGUUCCCCCAGUGACAUUACUACAGGGGAGCAUUUGGGCUAUGAUGUGGUCAAACUGACUUGUGAUUGGCUGUUUACUAUGUUCGUAUGCAAUGCUUGCUGGCCUUGGUGUUGGUGAUAUUACGCAGCCGCUGAACGGUGUCCUCGUCGUGUGGUGUUGUUAGGUAGUAUAGCUGUACGGCACGUGUGUGGCUGUUUCCUCGCUUGCUGACGAUGGCGACGUACUGGUGUGAAGGUGCGCUGUAGAUAGCGCUGCAUGUCAUUGAAGAGAGCAUGCCUGGCUGUGGGCACAAGGCACGUGCGAAGAACUCGACGCCGAACCGUGGUGUAGUGGAUGUGCAGAAACUAUUAGAACAGAACUUUAGUGAUAGCGUAUCCCUGUAAUCAUGACUUUGCAG